GUUGUAGUCCCUCGAAGACGCUCCGGGCCGUGCCUGCCGGCGACUGGCCUGCCUUUCUCUAAAGAAGCAGGUGCCUCUGUGAUUAAUUCCCAAUGUAGUUUUGGUACAGAUUUAUUGUUGGAAUCGUUGAAGAUGUCAUCAAGCCUUACAGAGGAGCAAAAGAGAAGGAUUGAAGAGAACCGCCGGCUAGCUUUGGCUAGGAGAGCAGAGAGGCUGGCAGCCCAGAGAGCUGGGCACGUGGGCACUGCUGCAGCUCCACAGAAAGAACAGAGUCUGGGCAAUCUGGGAAGCUCGAAGGAAGAAAACAAUCAUGGGUUCACCAACCAGCACCGACAGAAUCCAAACACGCCUGUGGAGCAGAAGAGCUGUCUCCAGAAAGGCUAUAACCAUUACACAGCGAACCAACAGAUGGCUGGCUCACACGGAGAGCAGCAAAAGAGUUGUUCAGUGGACUCAGAACAAGCAAGUGGCCUUAAGCAGUUCCCUGCAACGAUCCCAAAUUCUCUGAGUUAUUCCCAUAAACAUUACUUGGAUGCUGGUAGUCAGGAACAUGGACAACACACUUUAAUUAAUGAUGGAACAUUCCAGCAGCCCAAAUGCUACUCAGCUUUCAAAAACCUCACAGGACCACCUCAUCCAAAAAUCAUUGAUAAUGGGCAUCCUGAUGGUAGUAAAGAUUUACGCAUUCAGAACAAAUCUGCCAUUAAAUAUGUUUCUCCACCAAGCAGUGCUGCCCUGAGUAAUUCAAAAAUGUUGAUAAACAUAAACAGACCAACAGAAGGAACAGGGGGAGGUUUUGUCUCUCAGGCCAGUGGUAGGAUGCAGAAGCUGUCCAGCUCUGCUGGUGUGGGCUCUACCUUUGAAGCUGCCUCUCACAAGAAAGCAAAUAAUGUUACAAAAGGAAAAUGUGUGAAAUACGGGGAAGACCGAUUCCAGGUAGAAAUAGGGUAUAAUGCUGAACUUAUUGCUGUGUUUAAGAAGGUACCAAGCAAAGCCUAUGAUCCUGCUAUGAAAAAAUGGAAUUUCAGCAUGGAAGAUUACAGCAGUCUCUUGGAAGAAGCAAAUCAACUUUCAUCAGUAAUUCUGGCACCACUGGCAAGAGAAAAUGUGGUUGGCUUGGCAUCAGGCUCUCAUUUUGUUGGCAGUGGGGUUGAUGUGAAAUCCCUCUUGAACUUGUGUAAGAACUGGAAGAAGCCCUCAGCCCUUGUUAAAGGGAAGUGUGUGCUUAUCUCUCGCUUGCGAUUUGAGGUUGAUAUUGGGUAUUCUGCAGAAGUGAUUGGAGUGUUCAAACAGAUGGAUUCCAGAAAUUAUGAUAUGAAUACCAGAAAGUGGAAUUUCCUGCUGGAGGAUUACCCCAAACUGAUGGUAGUGUUACUGAGCCUCGCAUCUGUAGAAGUGGAGCCACUGCCUGAAGCAGUAAUUAAGACCUUUGCUGCUCAACUGCAGAGAUCUCCAUCACAGACAGACAUUCCUGAUGCUGACCUUUCAGCAGUGGACUCCAAAAUUGUGACGAGCCUCAUGCCCUUUCAGCGGGAAGGUGUGAAUUUUGCGGUUUCCAGAAAUGGACGUUUGCUCCUCGCGGAUGACAUGGGCCUGGGCAAGACCAUCCAGGCCAUCUGCAUUGCUGCCUACUACAGGCAAGAAUGGCCCUUGCUGGUGGUCACUCCAUCUUCCGUGAGGUUUACAUGGGCAGAGGCAUUUCACAGAUGGCUUCCAUCCUUAAAUCCAGGAAGCACCAAUGUCAUAGUGAGUGGGAAAGACAACCUCACAGGAAGCUUGAUCAACAUCAUCAGUUUUGAUCUCCUCAGCAGAAUGGACAAGCAACUUAAGAGCACAUUCCAAGUAGUUAUUGUUGAUGAAUCUCAUUUCCUGAAGAACACAAAAACUGCACGCUGCCAAGCUGCCAUGCCUCUACUCAAGGCUGCCAAGAGAGUGAUCCUGCUUUCGGGAACGCCGGCCAUGUCACGGCCGGCAGAGCUGUACUCGCAGAUCGCCGCUGUGCAGCCAAGCUUCUUCCCACUGUUCCACUCCUUUGGGCUGCGCUACUGUGAUGCCAAGAAGAUGCCAUGGGGUUGGGACUACUCUGGAUCAUCCAACUUAAGUGAACUGAAAAUUUUGCUAGAAGAGUCCAUCAUGAUCCGACGUCUGAAAUCAGAUGUGCUUUCCCAGCUUCCAGCAAAGCAGCGCAAAAUGGUUGUGGUGGCUCCUGUGGGCAUUAGUGCAAAGACCAAAGCUGCGUUGGCAGCUGAAGCAAAGAAGAUGGCCAAAGUAUAUGAAAGUAAACAACAGGAGAAGGAAGCUCUUCUCAUCUUCUUCAGCAGAACAGCAGAAGCUAAAAUCCACUCAGUCAUAGAAUACAUCCUGGAGUUACUGGAAAGUGGGAAUAAUAAAUUCCUGGUGUUUGCUCAUCACAAGAUAAUGCUGGAUGCACUAGUUGCAGAGCUGAAAAAGAAACACAUUGAGCACAUUCGCAUUGACGGCUCCACAUCUUCAGCUGAGCGGCAGUCUCUGUGCCAGAAGUUCCAGUUCUCAGAGAAGCAGGCUGUGGCUGUCCUUUCCCUCACUGCUGCAAACAUGGGCCUGACAUUGUCUGCUGCAGAUCUGGUGGUGUUUGCAGAGCUCUUCUGGAACCCAGGGAUUUUGAUCCAAGCAGAAGAUCGGGCACACCGAAUUGGACAGACCAGCUCUGUUAAUGUUCACUACCUGGUGGCUAAAGGCACAGCAGAUGACUAUUUAUGGCCAAUGAUUCAGGAGAAGAUCAAAGUGCUGGGUGAAGCUGGUCUUUCAGAAACAAAUUUCUCUGAAACAGCUGAGUCAACUAAUUACUGUCCUAAGCCAGAUCCAAAGCAGAAGACAAUCUAUGACCUUUUCCAGAAGACUUUCUCUGAGAGCAGAGAUGACACCGAUGAUGUUUUGUUUUUGGAGGCAGCUGAUGCGGGCUGUGAAUUUGACUCUGGCAGUGCCUUGCAAGACAGAGAAGCAGAGACAUGCUCAGUAAGUCCCAAAAAAAAGCGGCGUAUUGAGGAAGUGUAAAUAGCAACAGCUAAAGAGAUGGCAGCCAAUAGAUCUUUUUUUAUUAAAAAAUAAAAACUAAAAGCAAUCAUGUAUUAUUUUUUGAGUUUUUGAAAAUAAAAAAUAAAAGACUUUCAGUUUUCUUUA